CACUCGCUGAUGUUGCACAAGGACCGGGAAGAUGGGCUAUUUCUAGGUGAACUUCUCCCGACAUCAUCAUUGUCAUCACCCGUGGAUCUGCUUUACUCACAAUUUGCUUGUGACUGUUCUGGCGUGGCAAUUAGCCAGACUUUCGCCGAAAGGAACAAAGAGAUAAUAGAGAGAGAGAGGGAAAAAAGUCGAGUGCUUUGGAGGAGGGGGAAAAAGUUCAAAAUAAAAGUGGAGCCAGUGUUUACAUGGGUUUCUUGCUGGGGACUGCGACGCUGCUCCGACGGGACAAAAGUGCAGUGAACUUGGGGGAUAUUGACAAACUUAGUCAAUGGAUCGACAUCCAACCUUGAUGGCUGUGUGGCUGCAGUUGGAAUUGUGUGUCAUCACCAUCCUGUUUACCAAAGGUGAAAUCAGAUGUUACUGUGAUGGGCCACAGUGUGUAGCAACAGGCUACAUGUGCAAGUCCCAGCUCUCUGCCUGCUUUACCAGACUACUGGACCCUCAGAAUGCCAAUUCUCCCUUACUACAUGGCUGUACAGACACUUUCUCAAAUACAACGGAGAUCUGCCAUGCACAAAAUUAUAACCACCACAAAGGACACUGGUCACUCUUGGAAUGUUGCUGGGAAGAUAUGUGUAAUUAUAAAGGGUUACAGGAAGUUUUGCUGCAUUCUGGGAGUAGCAUGUCAGACCGAGGAGCCAAGAAACAGCGGAACUCAGGGAACAGGAACCUGGCCUACCAGCAGAAAGCCAAUGCCAAGGAGAUCUGGUUCAGGGCAGCGGUGAUAGCCGUGUGCAUUGCGGGCGCGUUCAUCUUGGUGUUGCUGGUGGUGCUGGCCCUCCGGAUGCUGCGCAGUGAGAACAGGCGGCUGCAGCGGCAACAUGAGCAGAUGAUCUCACGGCUGCACUACAGCUUCCAGGAGCCUCCCACAGAAAAAGUCCUGGUGGGAAACUAUGACUUUGAGCCCACAGCAACAAUUGCCAGAGACCAUGAAAACUGCUGCAUGGUGCAUAAUCAGCAACAGCACUUGGACCCUUAUAGUGAGAAGCUUGGCUCAUUUUUUCCUUGGGAUGUAUACAGUGGGCACAAGAAGCCAACCCUGGUGUGAUUAUGGGCAUUCCUACUUAACCAUUAACUUCCCUGGUAAAUCCCAAUUAACCAUGCAAGUUAAAAAUUGGCCUCUUAUUUCAAUUAAAGUGCAGUAAUGAUUAAUAAGGAAAUAAUUGGCAACACUGUUUGUAGAUUAUGACUUGUUUUGGUGCCAGUUUCUGUUGCUUUUGGUACCUGGCACGGUAUUACUUGGCAGUGUUCAACUUGUAUGAACCCUUGGCGGGGUGUAGAGUGCAAUGCUUUUCUCUGAUGUAACUGCCAGACUGUAAGCUCCAACGAGACCCUGCUGAACAACAAUUUCUAUACUGAUGGAUGAUGCAUGUCAGGCUUAUUUACAGAUAAACACAUUCUGAAUGAUAAUUGUAAUGUAACAUACAAUCUAAUUACAAAUUUGAUAACACACUGCAAACUUUUGGUACUUUUAUCUGAUGCCAUUUGAUGCUUUCUGCCUGUGUGGCAACUUUCACCUCACUCCUGUUGAUUAAACGUCAUGAAGUACUGAAGAACUAUGCCUCAUAGCAACGAUGCUCUGGAGAACAGAACAGAUGAUGUGGCAGUGCCAUCAAAGGAAGAUAUGAACCCAUAUAGUGAAAUACAAUUGUGAAGUUGCAUGUAGGCAUAGGAGAUGUCAGACUAAAACAAGCAGAGGUCUGUGUAGAUAACUUUCUAUCGUCCAGCUGUUUAGAAUAUAAUGAUUACAGAGCUGAUACAAAAUAAAGCUCUCUGUGCUCUUCCUAAACUGU